AUGCAGAACGCCUAUGGCAGCCAGCAACCUGCCGCAUAUGGGUACUCUGUUGGAGGCCAGUCUGCUGCGGGCAGCGGCGCGGUUGCUCAGGCUGCGCAAGGGCUGGCGCCAGAACAGCAGGCUAAGCUGUCCCAGAUCGUGGCGCAAGAGACGCAACAGGCCUAUGGCACAGGCACGUACGCUUCUCAGCAAGGCACUGCAACAGCCUCCUACGGCACUGCCCAGCCCGCCUCCGGCUAUGGAACCGUCCAGCAGGCGUCGGCCUACUCGGCACAGCAGCCCCAACAGCAACCUGCUGUUGGGUAUGGCACCGCACAGGGCGCGGCUGCAGGCGGGUACGGCACCCAGCAGACCACCCCUGCAUAUGCCGGCCAGAGCAAUGUAGGCCAGGGUCAGUAUGCAUCCCAUGCAUCACCCGCUCCCGCCCAGGGCUACAGCGCGCAGCAGCCCACCGCCCCUGCCGCGUAUGGCCAGACCGCGCCCGCUCGCACCGGCUACACAGCGCCCCAGCAAACAACACCAGCAGGCUACACAUACGGAUCAAGCUACGGCUCCCAGGCAACGCCUGCUGCUGGCGCUGCGACAUAUGGGCAGCAGCAGCCCGCAGCCCAGCAGGGCUCCUAUGCGGCCACAGGGCAGCAGAGCCAGUACAAGCCUGCUGCUGGCGGCCCAAAAUAUGGCACUCCAGGGCUCCUGGCAGCGUCCGGCCGCCGGUGCAAGCACAUCGCCCUGCUGUGCAGCCGCACGUGGGAAGGGGCGUUGCAGCUCCUGCUGCAGGCGCCGCCAGCUGCUCGUGGCGCGCCGGCACAUGCCCAGGCCAACCGUGCGGCGGCCGCUGCGCAAGUGGGUCAGAGCGCGCGCGAAAUCGCCCGCAUGGCCGACGCCGCCAGGGAGAAGCGCGACGAGGCCAAGGCACGCGAGCGCGAGCGCGAUCGGCCGCGCGAGUCCCGCAUCACAGCCACAGCCACGGCCACGGCUGAGCGCCCACGCGGCCGUGAUCGCGAGCGGGACAGCGAGGCCAAAGAGCGGGACGCCCCGCGGUCCAGGUCUCGGCUGACCUCGCCUCCGCACCGUAGCCCGCGCCGUCCGUCCCCAGUGCGGCGCAAAGAGCCCGACUAUGCUGUGCGCCUGUCGUCGCGCCCCCUGGUCACCCUGGAGCGCGACUACCACGAAGUCAUCCAUCGCUGCACCCGCCUCUAUGUUUCCGCUGACUUCUCCAAGGUGGCCUCCACCUGGGUCAAGGCGCAGCCUGUGGCUGCUACCGGCAGGAAGAGCGUGCUCUGGCGGCUGUUCGAGCCUGUUCACUUCCAGCACGAGGUGGACUAUGAAGAAUCGCCCAUGCCGGACUUGAAGCCUGUCAGCCUUGCUGAAGGCGCAGUCAAGUGGAACGCCAGGGUCGUGCUGCUGUCUGGCCUGGACGAUGAUGCGCGCAAGGAGCUGCUGAAGGGCGUGCACCAUGGAGGCCAGCACCUGCACCAGCUGCUCAAGUUCCUGACGGUCCGCACCGAGACCGACAAGGAUGACGGCCGCGUGGAACGCAGCGGCAUCACCGCCAUUGGUGGCCAGCAUGACCCCUCCUUGGACGGCCCCAUCACAGACGCCUCCAAGAGCACUGAGCCGCUGAUUGCGACGUGCGUGCGGCAUGCAAAGAAGCUCUUGGGUGUAGAUUUGAGCGCCUGCAAGGAGUGGCUGCCCGUGAUCGAGGUGCACUACCAGCGGCCGCCCAGCAGCCUCUCCCCAGACGCCACUGAGAGCACGGAGAUCACUGUGAUCUUUCUGGCAAUUGCACGGAGGGUCAUGCCUGAGGACUGGCAGAGCACCUGGAAGGAGCAAGAGGCCUGGCUGAAGGGGAAGGCCGCACGCGAGGAGGCCGUCACCAAGAAGGAAGAAGAGGAGAAGGCAAGCAAGGCGAAGGCUGUGGAGGAAAAGGCCAAGCCUGAAGAAGCCACCAAGGCUGAGGGUGCUGCAGUCAAGGACGAUGAGCCUGCUGGUGCUGAGAAGCCUGCAAAGAGAGCCAAGACUGGUGACGUGGAGGAAGAGAAGAAGAAGGACCAUGGAAAGGUGGUCGACACAGACAUAAAGGACGCAGAUAACAAGGCUCCCGAGGCACCCCAGGAAGCAGAGACCGAUGCCAAAGUACCUGAGGUUCCACGGCUGCUCUUCCGUGGCAAGCGCUCUGCCAAGGAGAGGUGGCGGUCGGCAUCCAUCAGCCUUGAUGGGCUCCUGGACUAUGACGAAGAGGACCGUGACGAGUCCACGAUGGAGCUCAGCCUGUUUGCAGAGGGCUUCCAGGAGAUGCUGGCGCGAGACUAUGGCGAGCGCAUUCUCAAGUCCCUCUAUGCUGAAAGGAGUGCUGCUCUCAAGCGGCGCGAGGAGCGCAAGCGCAAGCGCGAGGAGGAGAAGGCAGCUGCCGAGGCCAAGGAGAAGGCCGCAGAGGAAGCAAAGCAGGCUGAACCAGAGGCUGCUGCCGUCAAGGAGGAGGACGAGAUCGCUGCACCUGUCAAGGAGGAAAGCCAGAAUGGAAGACCUGUGCUGGAGGCUGCAGACACAGAGAUGAAGGAGGCAGCUGCGGAGGAGGUUGCACCUGUCAAGGCCGAGGGCGGCGAAGAAGGGGAGGCGGCUGGUGCAGUGGAAGGAGACGCAAAGGAGGAGGAAGAGUUGGCGGAGGGCGAGGGAUCACCCGACAAGGGAGCAGGCUGCGGCAAAAAGGGGAGGACCACCCGUGGCAGAGGCCGCGGACGCGCAGCUCGGGGCCGUGGCAGGAAGGCUCAGGCAAAGGCGGGGGGUAAUGCAGAGGCGGAGGCGGACGAGCCUGGGGAGAACGGAGGGAAGAGCGAGGGUGAGGAAGCAGCCCAGGAGACGCCUGACAAAGCAGCCCCUACAGAUAAGACAGCUGCUGUGGAUGUGCAGGCUGAGGGCACUGCCAAAGAAGAGGGUGGCGGCAAGGCAGCAGGUGUGCAGGACACAGCAGCUGAGCCUGCAAAGGAGGAUCAGCCAAAGGAGGCCAAGGCUCCUGCUGAGAAACCUGUGGAGAACGGCUCGGCAAAAGUGGAAAAGCAUGAGGAGGGCGCGUCCGGGGAUAAGGACAAGGAGAAGAAGAAGAAGAAAUACAAAGUCGACGAGGAGCUGCUGCUUGCCUUCCGCUACUUUGACCGCAACUGCUGCGGCUACAUCAAGGUGGACGAUCUGCGGCGCAUCGUGGCCAACCUCGGCCACGCCCUCAGCCUGCGGACUGUCAAGGAGCUGUGCCUGAAUGUGGCGGGAGCACCUUCCUCAUCUGCGGGCCGCGCUCGCCAGGACAGAAUCUACUACCGUGACAUCACUGACAGAGAAGUCACAGAUGGGUCCUGAAGGGAGUCUUGUGUCGUCAGCGCAGACGUCUGCCAGCUCAGAACACCCUGCAGAUGCCUUCUUUGUGGCCUUGUGCGCACUGCAAUAUAUAUGAUUCUUAAAUCCACCACUCCCCUACUGCAGUGGAAGUGACAUAGUAGGUGUGCUUUGUUGUGUGCACUCCUUGCAUGAAAUGAAUGUGUUGCUUUGGGGCUGGUUCCGCUGAUUCGGCAGAGCUUUGAAAUCCAUGGCGCUUGACAGCAAUGGGCAUUUGUAAUUAUGUUUGCCUUUUC